AUGGGUAUUUGAUUGAAUUCAAAACUUUUAUGAUUGUUACAUUACAAUAAAGCAUACAUAUGUAACAUAAUAAUUGAAAAAAUCAUAAAUAUUUUCUAAAGUUGCUCUUAUUCUUUUGAAUGCCUAAUAUUUAAAAGCAUAUCUUUCUAUAUUACAUUAAUAUCCUAUAUAUAUGUGUGUGUAAUUUAUAUAUAUUAUACUGUGUUUUAUUUUUGUAAAUAUAUUACAUACACUAUAUAGACAUUAUAUAAAAUUUUGCCGUUUGAUUUUAGUUGAAAUAAGAGAAAUCAAAGAAAUUAAAGUAGGAAAGCAUUCUAAAGAUUUUGAAAAAUGGCCAGAAGAUGCAAAAAGGAUAGAAAAUCUUAGAUGUUUCGUUGUGUAUUAUGGUUCUGAAUUUCGUCUUAAAACUCUUUCAAUUUCUGCUCUUAGUGAGAAAGAAUGUGAACUUUGGGUGAAAGGAUUACGUCGUUUGGUUCAAGACACUAUAAAAGCUCCUUAUCCUUUACAAGUUGAAAGAUGGCUUAGAAAAGAAUUUUAUGCAAUGGAAAAUUCAAGAGAAACAGUUACUUUAAAAGAUAUAAAAGCAUUUUUACCUAGAGUUAAUUGUAAAAUAGCAACAAACAAACUUAGAGAACUUUUUCAAGAAAUAGAUACAAGAAACAGAAAUGAACUUGGUUUUGAUGAUUUUGUUGCACUUUAUCAUAAACUUAUCUUCGAUCAAAAUAAUCUUACAGAUUGGAAUAAAUUACUUAAUUAUUCUAAAACGGGACAAAUUGUUACAGUCCAAGAAUUUCAAAACUUCUUGAUAACUGAACAACAAGAUCCUUUAGGAAAUAAUGAAGUUGAAGUAUCAUGUUUUAUUAGAGAUUAUUUACAAGAUCCUCAAAGAGAUGUGCAAGAACCACAUUUUAUAUUUUCGGAAUUCAUCGAUUUCCUGUUUUCGAAACAAAAUUCCAUUUGGGAUCCAAAAUACUCACAUAUUUAUCAAGAUAUGACUAAACCUCUUGCACAUUAUUGGAUAGCAUCAUCACAUAAUACAUACUUAAUGGGAGAUCAAAUUAGCAGUGAAAGUAGUUGUCAAGCUUAUGUUCGCGCAUUAAGAGCUGGAUGUAGAUGUAUAGAACUUGACUGUUGGGAUGGACCAGAUGGAAUGCCUUUUAUUUUUCAUGGGCACACACUUACUACAAAGAUUAAAUUUUUGGAUGUUAUUAAAACUAUCAAAGAACAUGCUUUUUCUACCUCUGAUUAUCCCGUCAUUUUAUCCAUUGAAGACAAUUGUACUUUACCACAACAACGUAAAAUGGCAAUUACAAUGCAAGAUGUAUUUGGUGAUAUGUUAUUAGUUCAACCUAUAGAUAAAAAUGAAACUUGUUUACCAUCACCACAUGCACUGAAAAGAAAAAUUAUAUUGAAACAUAAAAAAUUACCCGAUGGCGUAGAAGAAACAUCAUUUCUUAUUCGAAACGAUGAAAGUAGACAAGAAAUGGAUCUUAGAAAUACGGUUAAAAAUGGCAUUCUUUAUCUUGAAGAUCCUGUCGACAGAGAGUGGAAUCCACAUUUUUUUGUAUUAACGCAGCAAAAAUUAUUUUACACAGAUACAUUUUCCAGAACUCAAGAAACUGAACACGAUGACGACGAAGAGGUUGUAGUUCGUCGACCUACCGAUGGAGUACCAAAUGACGAAUUACAUUUUGGCGAAAAAUGGUUCCAUGGUAAAUUAGCAAGAGGUAGAGAAGAAGCAGAGGAAUUACUACGACGUUAUUCACACCUGGGUGAUGGCACAUUUUUAGUUAGACAAUGUGUCACAUUCGUUGGUGAUUAUUGCCUUUCUUUUUGGCGGAAAGGGAAAGUAAAUCAUUGCCGUAUUAAGCUCAAGCAAGAAAUGGGUCAGACACAAUAUUAUCUUAUCGAUACAAAUUGCUUUGAUAGUUUAUAUAGCUUAAUUACACAUUAUCGCAAUCAUCCAUUAAGAAGUCAAGAAUUUUUAAUCACACUUCAAGAACCUGUUCCACAACCAAACAAACACGAAGAAAAAGAAUGGUGGCAUGCCGAAUGUACUCGAACUUUAGCCGAAGAAAUGUUAAAACGAAUUCCUACAGAUGGUGCAUUUUUGGUGAGACCAAGUGAAAAAGAAAGCAAUUCUUAUGCUAUAUCUUUUAGGGCAGAAAAAAAGAUUAAGCAUUGUAGGAUUAAACUAGAAGGACGAUUAUAUACUAUUGGUACUGUACAAUUUGAAAGUUUGGUUGAAUUAGUUAAUUAUUACGAAAGGCACCCAUUAUAUAAAAAGAUUAAAUUAAGUCAUCCUGUAAAUCAAGAUAUUAUUAGAAAAAUGGAAUUGGUGACUGUAAAGGCUAUAUAUGAUUAUAAAGCAAGAAGGGACGAUGAAUUAACAUUAGUAAAACAUGCUAUAAUAACAAAUGUACAUCGACAAAGCGGUGGUUGGUGGCGAGGAGACUAUGGUGGUAAAAAACAACAUUGGUUCCCUGCUAGUUACGUUGAAGAAAUAAAACCACAAGAAAAUCAAGGAGAUUCAGCAGAUUCUAUGAUGUUUGGUAGUCUACAAAAAGGCUCAUUGGACAUCAUGGGUGCUGUGGUUGAAUUAAGAGUAGGCGGACGACCUGGAUUAGAAUGGAUAUUAAGAAUACAAAAUCCUAGUAUGUGUUCAGUAUUUGAAGUAGCAACUUCAUCAAAAGAUACAGCAUUGGAAUGGAUGUCCAGUAUUAAAGAAACUGCUCAAAAUGCCAGUGUCAGAGAAAAUCAACAUAAAGAAAUGGAACGUGCGUGGAGAAUAGCUAAAGAAAUGUCUAAUUUAAUAGUUUAUUGUAGAUCCGUCGCAUUUAAUUUAGAUAGAAUAAAAACAAAAGGUUUUAUAUUUAAUGAAAUGAGUAGCUUUCCUGAGACAAAAGCUGAAAAACUUAUGUGUCAACAAGAAAACAAAUUUUUCAUAAGAUAUCAUCAGAUUCAAUUUAGCAGAGUAUAUCCAAAAGGGCAACGUAUCGAUUCAUCAAAUUAUAAUCCUGUGCCAAUGUGGAAUGUUGGUUGUCAAAUGGUAGCAUUGAAUUAUCAAACUGGUGAUAAAUCAAUGCAGCUUAAUCAAGCAAAAUUUAGAGAAAACGGCAACUGUGGUUAUAUUUUAAAACCCGAGUUCACGUUUAGGGAUGAUUUUAAUCCGUAUGAUAAGAAUUGUUUACACGGAAUAGAAAGUCUCAAGUUUUCCUUAAAAAUUAUUGGUGCGAGACAUUUAAUCAGAUCAGGCAGAGGCAUAGCUAGUCCUUUCAUUGAAAUUGAAAUUAUAGGAACUGAUUUUGACUCUGGUACAAAACUAACAACAAGAACAAUACCUGAUAAUGGAUUCAACCCCAUGUGGAACGAGUCUUGCGAAUUCGAAGUUUUUAAUCCACAUUUCGCAUUCAUACGAUUUGUUGUACAAGAUGAAGAUAUGUUUGGUGAUAGUAAUUUUAUUGGACAAGCCACUUAUCCCGUUCGAUGUUUGCAACCAGGAUAUAGAAGCGUUCCAUUAAAAAACAAUUACAGCGAAGAUCUUGAACUUGCAUCAUUAUUAGUACAUCUUCGAAUUACAUCUUCGGAAAGAUGUUAUUAUUUAACACAAGUACUGUUACAUGAAAUGCUUUAACGAAAUAUUAUCAUAACAGGAGACUGGUUAUUUACAAAGAUUUAAAUCUUCAAAUUAAAGUCAAUAAUUUAAGAACAUUAUACGUUAUGUGUAAUAUCAAAAGAAAAUAGCUACUAUGGUAUUGAAAAAAUAGUAGAUAUUAAAGAAAAGUGACUAUUGAGAAAACGCAAUAAUAUCUAAAACGUGACAUAUGAGAGAUGACAUUUUUAAUAUAUACUUCUAUUUAAUUCAUAAUUCAUGUAAGAGCAGUGCAUAAUGUAAAAAAAAAUAAUUGUGAUUUAGUCUAGACUAUCUUUAAAUUUCUCAUGUAAAAAACACUAGCAUAUCGGAAUAUAUCUUUAAGUUAUAUUAUACUACUUCUUUCUUUCAGACAAAAAAAGAACACAUAUGAAUAAUGAGAUUUUAAACUAUGAUAUAUUUUAGACUGAAGUAAUAUGCACAAUACGCUUGUAAUUCAUUUAAUUAGAAAGAUAUUUUCAUAUUAAUACUAUUUAUUUAUUGUUUUGAAGUUUUAAUUUUACAAUAUAUAGUUUUAAUUUAACAAUAUGUAAAAGAACUAAACGACGAGAUACUGUGUACUGCAUUUCAUAUAAAAUCAUAAACUUUCGGCUAUAUCAAAUGGAAUAUAAAUGUUUUUUUUUAAAUAAUAUAAAAGUGUAUUCAGUAAUAGGAUAGAAAACUAAAAAAAAAACAUUAGAAACUAUUAAUUAAAUUUACGAACUUACAAAUAUUACGUAAGAAAAUAUUUCAUUUUUCUAUUUUUUAUUUUCGUACGUAACUAAAUAUUUUAUAUUCUGUAAAAUUUUUUUAUCAUCGUUCCUAUCGAUGUAGAUUUUUAUAUCUGAGAAAAAUAUUACUAUAUUUACUUGUAAUUAAUUACUUGUUAAAAACAAAUAGUAAUAGAAGUAUUUGAUAUGUUAAACACGUUAUUUGUUUCCUUCGAUUUUGUGUUUUAAACUAUAGCAAAUAAAUCUAUUUUGAUUUUAAUUGAAAUUUAGUUAAGAAAAAUAUAAUUUUUUGUAUAAGAAUGAGAAUAUGUUAUACUUACAAUUAGAAUAACA